GAUAAGUUAAACAUAUCGGGAAUCACGUGACUUCGUACCCUCCCGUCUGUCGUAGAAUAUAAUAAACGGGCAUUUCUGAGCGAUUUAAUGAUAGUGGUUUUGUGGACGCCAGUGAAAGCAGACGCUAGAAGAAUUUGAAGAAAGCAUGGCACCCAACACGAAAAAGAAUCUUUUGGACCGUUUGAAAGAUGGCGUUGUAAUUGGAGAUGGAGGUUUUGUUUUUUCUCUGGAGAAAAGGGGAUACGUCAAAGCUGGUCCUUGGACUCCUGAAGCUGCUGUUGAACAUCCAGAUGCUGUGCGAAACUUGCACAGAGAAUUCUUACGAGCUGGAUCUGAUGUGAUGCAAGCUUUCACUUUCUACGCUAGUGAUGACAAACUCAUCAACAGAGGAAACGAAGCCGGCCAACUAUACACGGGUAGUGACAUCAACGAGGCUGCGUGUAAGAUUGCCCGGGAAGUGGCUAAUGAAGGUGAUGCACUUGUUGCUGGUGGUAUUUCUCAAACCCCCACGUACCUAAGCGGAAAAGGCAAAGAGGCCGUGAAAACAGAAUUCCGAAAACAGGUGGAGGUCUUCAAGACGAAAACAGAUUUCCUUAUAUGCGAGUACUUUGAGCAUAUUGAAGAGAUGGAAUGGGCCAUCCAGGUGUGCAAGGAGACCAACCUACCAGUGGCUGCCACAAUGUGUAUCGGACCUGAAGGAGACAUGCACAAUAUCUCUGCUGGCGAUUGCGCCGUCAGGAUGGCACAAGCAGGUGCUGAUGUGGUCGGGCUCAACUGUCACUACGACCCCUUCAAGAUGUUGGAAGCCAUUGCGCAGAUGAAAUCUGCUCUCGAUGCCAAAGGCCUCAAACCUUACCUCAUGACUCAGCCCUUAGCAUUUCAUACCCCUGAUGCACAGAAACAAGGAUUCAUUGAUUUACCCGAAUUUCCAUUUGCCUUGGAGCCCCGUGUAUGUACGCGCUGGGAUAUGCAACGGUAUGCCCGAGAAGCUUACGAUCUGGGUGUCCGUUACAUUGGUGGCUGUUGUGGCUUCGAGUCGUAUCACAUCCGAGCUGUUUCUGAAGAGUUGGCGAAGGAGCGAGGGAAACUCCCUGAGUCAUCCAAGAAGCACGAUCCCUGGGGUGAAGGAUUAAGGAUGCACACGAAGCCCUGGGUGCGAGCAAGAGCUAGGAAGUCUUACUGGGAGUACUUGAAUCCAGCUACAGGAAGACCCUUUAGCGCUGCCUACUCUAAGCCGGACAACUGGGGUGUAACUGCUGGCUCAGAAGAACUGAAGCAGAAAGCAGAGUCCACCACCAACGAAGAACUGCAAAAGGUGUUCAACCGUAGCGCCAAGUGAAGUGCAAGGCGAACCAAGCAUUUUCUUAGUCUUAUGGAGAGCUUUGACUGUCUCAUGUGUGUAUGUGAUUGUGUGAAUCCAAAACCACUCUCAUGAUUUCAAGUUGACAUUAAAGUUCUUUCCCAAAUUUUAA